ACACGCAUUCUGUCAAAUGUUGUCAAACAAUAUGACGACAUCGGACUAGAUAAAAUUAUAUUAUUGUAGUCCCCGAAACAAUAAAAAAUAUUGCGUGGUAAUGAUACGUAAUCAGUAAGCGUAUGCGUUCGACUACAAAACGUCGUUUUGCCACGCGCUCUCGAGUCAAAAAGAGAUUAAUUAUUGUACAGUGUUAUACGCAUCCUAAGUGCACAUCCUUUGUUCCUGAUUAUGGCUGCAGCGUUAGCUAAUGAUUCACCAAAAUACACCAAUAGCUUAAUAUGCUGCAGCCCUCGGAGCGUCGAAGUUGCUUCAACAUCUUCUGCAUCGUCUUCUACAUCGGGCUGUGUAUCCACUGAUGAUAGUUAUGACUCUAACUACAUACCAAAAUCUAUAUCGAAUAAAAAAUUGAAAAUCCACAGCACAGCGACUCGAGAAGAGCUGGAAAAGGCCGUAAAACAGUGCAAGGAGCUAGUUUUGAAUACACCACAGUGUUCUGAAGAGAGAAAAUGGUUAGUGAGAUAUUUAGUAGAGUUGCGUUUGAGAUUAGAGGAUGUCAAGGACAACGACGGGCAAUUGAAGCCACGCGUAUCCAUAAAAGGUCACCAUUUCGAGCAGCAGAUCAACACUAACAAUCGUAAACAGUAUUGUGACCAUUGCAGUGGUGUUAUAUGGAGUAUAGUUCAAAGUUCAUAUAAAUGUGGAAACUGCAAUUAUAUUUGCCACUACAAAUGCGUCGAUCAGGUGUGUAGGAUGUGCGCUCAUAUCGUCAUGACAGAUAGAGGACAGUUUGAGAUGAGUAUAUGCCCUGAAAAAGGUCUUGCUGCUCAGGACUAUAAAUGUGUAGAGUGCCAAACAGCUUUAACAUUUAAAGACUCAUGGAACGAACCACGUUUAUGUGAUUACACAGGUCUCUAUUUCUGUAGUACAUGCCAUUGGAAUGACACAUGUCCAAUUCCAGCUCGUGUUGUUCACAACUGGGAUUGGGAGAAGAGGUAUAUAUCACGAAUAGCUUAUCAAAUGCUUACUAUCUCUUGGUGUCGUCCAUAUAUUGACAUUGAAAGUAUAAAUCCGAGGCUUUUUAGUUUUAUUGCUGAAUUAGAAUGGGUACACAAAAUGAGAAGGGAUUUGGAAUGGAUGAGACGUUAUCUUUGUGCUUGUCCAAAAGGAUCAAACCUAUUAUCUCCUUUAUUUGUGCAGCUCAGUGAUGUAAAUCAUAAAUACAGCAUGGCCCACCUGGAAGCUAUAAAUGAUGGUUCUUUAGAAUCAAAACUAACAGAGUUGACUGAGAUUUGUCGUAAACACAUAACAAAUUGUGCCUUGUGCUCUGGAAAGGGUUACUUAUGUGAAGUCUGCGGUAACAACGAAAUCCUCUAUCCUUUUGAUAGUGGAGCAAUACUUUGUGAUAGAUGCAACUCCAUGUACCACAGAGGUUGUUGGUUAAGAAAGGGACAGAACUGUUUGAAAUGUGUUCGUUUGGAGGAACGUAAAAAGAACAAGUUACCAGCUGAAGAGACAGAUUCUCAUUUAGAAUAUGACAUAGAUAAGUUUGUGGAAUAAUUAAUUUUUGUACCUGACUCAUUUGCUGAAUUAUUUUAUUUGAACACUGCAUGUUUUCAGAGCUUUGAAAUGUAUCUACAGUGGUACAUAAUUCUGUUGUUUUAAUUAAAUAUUAAAGUGAUAAUUAAAUUAUUGAAUGUUGAUAUAUCGAAGCUCUUAAAACUACUUAUUUGUGACUUUAUUUUCAGUUUUAUUAUUAUUAUUAAAAUUAAAGUAUAUUUAUUAUUUUGACAUGCAUGAUUUAGUAAGUUCAUGAUGCUUUUUUGUUUUGUUUAAAAAAUCAUGAGGUGCUGAUAGUUAUUAGCAAUAAUUAUAUGCAAAGGCUUUAAUGUUAUCAAUUACUAAGUUUGACCACUUCCAAUAAUUAUAUUAUAGUUAUAAUCUA